UAAUUUGACAUUUAUUUUUUCUACACCGGCCUGGUGCAGGCAUGUAUUUUGUUCAUUCUUUAUUUUUAAUUUUACGUAAAUAAAUUAUAAUUAUUUAAAAAUGCUACGAACAAAAUUUGCUUCAAUAUUAAGUUUAAAAUGCCAAAGAACUACCCAAAACUGUCGUCACUUGAUAUUAUCUUGUAAAAAUCAAAAUGAAUCAGAAGCACCACAACCUUCGGGAAUGCAACCAAAAGACGCAUCAAUUGUUCUCUUUCCUGGACAAGGAGCACAAUACGUUGGCAUGGGAAAAGACCUACUCCGUUUCCCAGAAGCACGAUCUAUAUUUCAAUUGGCAAAUGAAGUUUUAAAAUAUGACAUUCUCAAAGUCUGUCUAGAAGGUCCCAAAGAAAAGCUAGACUCGACCGAGUUCGCUCAACCAGCUGUUAUGAUCACAUCGUUGGCAGCUCUCGAACAACUUCGCGAAGAACGCCCCAAAGCCAUAGAAAACUGCAUGGGAACAGCUGGCUUUAGUUUAGGUGAAAUAACUGCAUUAGUUUUUGCCGGCGCUAUACCAUUCGAUAAGGCUCUGAAACUUGUACAAGUUCGUGCAAUAGCUAUGCAAGCUGCUUGUGAUCAAGUUAAAAGUGGAAUGAGCAUGGUGAUAUUUGGGCCAGAUUCUGAAAUCAAUGAAGCUUGUAAUCAAGCAAAACAAUGGUGUUUGGAAAAGGGAAUAGAAAAUCCAACUUGUAGUAUCGCCAACUACCUCUAUCCACAUUGCAAAGUUAUAGCUGGCAAUAUUGAAGCUCUUGAGUAUCUGGAAAAGAAUACAAAGAACUUUAAAAUACGACGAAUGAAGCGUAUUGCUGUGAGUGGAGCAUUUCAUACACCUCUCAUGGAAUCGGCUGUUCAACCGUUUGCCAAGGCUUUGCGAUCGAUAGAAUUGAAUGAUCCUAUGAUAAAAGUUUACUCAAAUGUCGAUGGAAAGACUUAUAGAAAUGCAGAACAUAUUUUAAAACAACUUCCUAAGCAGAUAAUAAAACCUGUUAAAUGGGAACAAGUGUUACACAUGAUCUAUGGACGACCACAAGGCAUAGAUUUUCCUAGAACCUUUGAAUGUGGACCAGGUCGAGGUUUGAAUCAAAUCUUAAGUAAAGUUAAUGCGAAAGCACAUAAUUCGUCGUUUAACAUUGAAGCGUAGUUAAAUAUAUUUAAUAAUGAAAACCUGAAAAAAAUAUCUUUUAAAAUUU